AUGAGGCGUUCCUGGACAAAAGCCGACAUCCCGUCAGGGCACCACUUCCAACCGUCCGAUGAAGAGCUGAUCAAAUUCUAUCUGCUGCCAUGGUCAAAGGGUCUCCCGUUGCCCAUCAAAGACCUGAUUGUGGAGAGAGACGUCUACGGUGAGACGGCCGACCCGCGGGUCAUUUUAGCAAACCCCGACGACCCUGGUUGGGAAUUAGUCCGAGACGAAGAUUUCAAGAAAGUGAAGAGAGUGAUGUACGUGUUGACCAAGCUAACCAAGAUCAAGACUCGGUUUUCGAGACGGGCAGGAAGGGGCACGUGGAGCGGCCAAACGCCCCCUCGAGAGAUAUACGAUGAUGACGUGGACAGUGGCUGUGGGGUGAUGAUUGGGUGCAUGAGGAUGUUCUCGUUCGAGGAGGAAGGAUCACGUGCUUUGCAGGAUCACUGGACCAUGCAUGAGUACUCACUUGCCUUGGAUUCGGUAAUUGAAGAAGAGCUGAUUAAGCACAAGGAUCAUGUGCUUUGCAAGAUCACGUGGACCCGCGAGGAGGAGCCCAGAUGUGGUGAUCAGGUGAUAUCAAGAGACGUUCGUGAAGAAAAUGUUCACAAGAAGCAGAAGAAGGCAAUUGGUAUAUCAAGAGACGUUCGUGAAGAAAAUGUUCACAAGAAGCAGAAGAAGAAGGCAAUUGGUAGUGAUUAUUUUGACGCCAAUAAAUAUAGUCUCCAGCCUAUGCUCCCAGUCCCGGAUUUGCCAGCUGUCUCCAGCCCAUGCGCCUUCGGCUACGGUGACUAUGAGUUGACUCAGGAGGAUUUAACCAUACUCAACAAUUUCAUUUGGAGUACUUAG